UUCAGAUCCGAUGAACGGCCCACGGCGUCUUGAAGUCGUUGACAUCCAGUCCAAACAGGUGGCGGUUCGCUGGGAACCAUUCGGAUACAACGUGACACGCUGCUACAGCUACAACCUGACUGUGCAGUACCGCUACAGACCUGCAGGGGCCCUGAGCAGGGAGCCAGCGAAGGAGGAGGUGCGGGAGGAGGAGGUGUAUGACACAAGGAGCACCAUGCCGACGCACACCGUACGCAACCUUCCACCCUUCACCAACGUCAGCCUGAGACUCAUCCUGAGCAACCCCGAAGGACGCAAGGAGAGCGAGGAGCUUCUGGUGCUGACAGACGAGGAUGUUCCCGGGGCAGUCCCCGUGGACUCGAUCCUCGGCAGCAGCUACGAGCAGCAGAUCAGCCUGAGCUGGAGGGAACCGCUGCAGACCUACGGCCUGAUCCGGCAGUAUGAGAUAUCCUACAAAGCCUUGAGCUCCUUCGACACGGAGUUUGACCUGUCCAAUCAGAGCGGCAGGGUGUUGAAACCGGCCAAUGAGACAAGCCACAUGUUCACCGGCCUCUACCCAGGCUCCACCUACUCCUUCACAAUAAGAGCCUCCACUGUUAAAGGCUUUGGGCCCCCUGUUAUCACCCAGUUUACCACCAAGAUCUCAGCUCCUCUGAUGCCGGCGUACGAUCAGGAGUCUCCUCUGAAUCAGACCGACUCCACCGUCACCGUCCUGCUGAAGCCCGCUCAGAGCCGUGGGGCCCCGGUCAGUAAAUACCAGGUGGUGGUGGAAGAGGAGCGCCCCCGCAGGCAGACCAGAGGCACUGCAGAGAUUCUGCGCUGUUAUCCAGUGCCCAUUCACUUCCAGAACGCCACGCUGCUGGACUCCCAGUAUUACUUCAGCGCUGAGCUUCCAAUGAGCGAGCUGAGGGCGCCCAUGCCCUUCUGUGUCGGUGACAACAGGACCUACAGUGGUUACUGGAAUGCUCCCCUCCUGCCUCAUAAGAGUUAUGGGAUUUACUAUCAGGCUGUCAGCACUGCCAAUGGGGAGACAAAGAUCGACUGUGUGCGAGUGGCCACUAAAGCCGCUAUAAUCGUCACCCAGCUCACCACGCCCUACAUUCGCAUCGCCCCGGCAGCAGGCGACAAGCAGCUAACAGGCACUGCGACCAGGAAACCAGAACCGGAGCAGGAGAAACAGUCGGACCACACGGUGAAGAUCGCUGGCUCCAUCGCCGGCAUCCUGCUGUUCAUCAUUAUCUUCCUGGGAGUCAUCCUGCUGAUGAAGAAACGGAAGUUGGCGAAGAAGAGGAAGGAAACUCUGAGCUCCAGACAGGAAAUGACCCUGAUGGUGAACAACUCCCAGCACACCACCAUGGUGGACACGCAUGUGCACACGCUGAACGGACGCACUGUUUCAUCUCCGUCCUCCUUCACCCUGAAGACAAACACCAUCAGCACCUCCGUAGCAAACUCCUACUACCCAGAUCCCUUCGUACCGACAGCCAUUCUGGUGCCCAUUAAUGAUGACAGCCACACUAUGACCAGUGAAACCAGUAGCCUGGUCCAGUCCCACUACAAGCAGCGGGACUCUGAAAGGGAGGCGCUGCCGUAUCAGACAGGACAGCUGCACCCGGCCAUCCGAGUGGCCGACCUGCUCCAGCACAUCACCCAGAUGAAAUGUGCUGAGGGCUAUGGUUUCAAGGAGGAAUAUGAGCUUAACGAGAGUUUCUUUGAGGGACAGUCCGCUCCCUGGGAUUCGGCCAAGAAGGACGAGAACCGCAUGAAGAAUCGCUACGGCAACAUCAUUGCUUAUGAUCACUCUCGUGUGCGUCUGCAGCCUCAGGAUGGAGGCGGCGGCUCGGACUACAUCAACGCUAACUAUGUAGACGGCUACCACAGACCCAACCACUACAUCGCGACGCAGGGUCCCAUGCAGGAGACGGUGUAUGAUUUCUGGAGGAUGGUUUGGCAGGAGAAUACCGCCGCCAUCGUCAUGGUAACCAACCUGGUGGAGGUCGGCCGGGUGAAGUGUUGUAAGUACUGGCCUGAUGACACGGAGAUCUACGGCGACAUGAAGGUGACGCUGAUCGAGACUCAGCUGCUUUCUGAGUACGUGAUCCGGACCUUUGCUGUAGAGAAGAGGGGUGUGGCAGAGAUCAGGGAGAUCCGUCAGUUUCAUUUCACCGGUUGGCCUGAUCACGGCGUCCCGCUUCACGCCACCGGGCUGCUCGGCUUCAUCCGCCGCGUCAAGGCCAAAACCCCACCCACCGCCGGUCCCACUGUGGUCCACUGCAGUGCGGGGGCGGGACGUACAGGAUGCUUCAUCGUGAUCGACAUCAUGCUGGACAUGGCGGAGAGAGAGGGCGUGGUUGACAUUUACAAUUGUGUCCGCGAGUUGAGAGCACGAAGGGUUAACAUGGUCCAGACUGAGGAGCAGUACGUCUUCAUCCACGAUGCCAUCUUGGAGGCGUGUCUGUGCGGUGACACAGCGAUUCCAGCCAGUCAGCUGCGGUCGGUUUAUUAUGAGAUGAACCGAUUGGAUCCUCAGACCAACUCGAGUCAGAUCAAAGAGGAGUUCAGGACGCUGAACAUGGUGACGCCGACUCUGCGAGUGGAGGACUGCAGCAUCGCUCUGCUGCCCAGAAACCAUGAGAAGAACCGCUGCAUGGACGUGCUGCCUCCAGACCGCUGCCUGCCCUUCCUCAUCACCAUCGACGGGGAGAGCUCCAACUACAUCAACGCUGCGCUCAUGGAUAGCUACAAGCAGCCGUCGGCGUUCAUCGUUACCCAGCAUCCUUUGCCCAACACGGUGAAGGACUUCUGGCGCCUGGUCCUCGACUACCACUGCACAUCCAUUGUCAUGCUGAAUGAUGUCGACCCCGCACAGCUGUGCCCUCAGUACUGGCCAGAGAACGGUCUCCAUCGCCUCGGCUCGCUGCAGGUGGAGUUCGUGUCCGCUGACCUGGAGGAGGACGUGAUCAGCCGAAUCUUCAGGAUCUACAACACAGCCAGGCCGCAGGACGGGUACCGCAUGGUGCAGCAGUUCCAGUUCCUGGGCUGGCCGAUGUACCGCGACACGCCCGUCUCCAAGCGCUCCUUCCUCAAGCUCGUGCACCAGGUGGACAAAUGGCAGGAGGAGUACGACGGCGGCGAGGGACGCACCGUCGUCCACUGCCUGAAUGGCGGAGGUCGCAGUGGUGUGUUCUGCAGUAUCAGUAUCGUGUGUGAGAUGUUGCGUCAGCAGCGCUGCGUCGACGUUUUUCACGCUGUAAAAACUUUGAGGAACAACAAGCCAAACAUGGUCGACCUGCUGGAACAGUAUAAGUUCUGUUAUGAAGUCGCUCUGGAGUACCUGAACUCUGCUUAGAGCCUCCUUCAACACAGAGGAGGAGGAGCAGAGAGACUACUGACUGAAGAGGAGGAGGAGGAUGAAGGCAUGUUUACACUGCCUGGUUUGAACUGUUGGAUUCUGUGAGCGACGCUCAGCGUUCACCUCGUGUCACUUUGUGUUUUUUUUUACCCUUUUGUUGUUUCAAUGAAACUGAAACGAUAAAAACACCAUCAGAGCGGGUCGCCUCACCUGUCAGCCAUCCCCACCACCAGCACAGGAAGUCCUUACAGCCAGGAUUCAAAACAGGAUGUCCUUGCAGUCAUGUUUUGUACAGGAAUCUUUAACCGUGUCCGAUUGCUGGUUGAAAUCAGCUGCCCUGUCAGGAAGAAGCUGCUGUCGGCGGAGAAUCAUUAACUCUCGCAUAAACCCUCUUACCUCUGAGAUUGAAGGGACCCUAAAAUCUGAUUGACUUUCAUUUGUGAAUUCAUGUCAUGUCAAGAAGUGUGAACUUAAUCAUCCCUCUGGAAACAAGACUGGGAGGUGGCUGGAUCACGCUGACCAAGGUAGCUAAGAUGGUUUGACCCUGCAGAGGCCCAAGCCCAGGAGGCCAGAGGAAGUCACUUGGCCUGAAUCUGAGUGCCAUAGUCUGGCCAGUUAUGAUAAAACUUAUUUAACCAAACAAACUUCACCAAUUUGAAUCUGCCAACUCUUCCCCCAAAGAGGCCCAAAAUCAAACCAAAUCUGGCAGACAUCACAGAGCCAGAGUUGUCAGAACACGUGUCUGCCUUCACGCAGCCGAGAGUCUGCCGACAUUCAGCUGAGUCUGCCAAAAUUAGCAGAGUCUGCGGACACGCUUAUUUAUAAAGAUGAUGUGAGUCCUGGCAGCUGUCUGGUAUGAAAUGAUCACAGCAAGUAAUUAGUGAUUAGUUCACCAUUGGUCAAGUUGUGUACAUCAGCAGUCCCCAACCUUUGUUGUGCCACGGACCGGUUCAUGUCCGAC